GUCGUCGCCGUCGUCGCCGUCGUCGCCGUCGUCGGCCAUCUCAGCGCGACUCCCAGCAUCUAAGAAAAUUGUCUAUCGGCCUGGACCGGCGUGAACCUGUCAAGAUUUCCCUCGAAGAUCAUCGGCGAAUUUUCUGACACGGCAUUUAUUUGGUGUAUCGUUCGAUUUCUUUCCUUUUUUCUUAUUUAUCCGUUGUGUUGAUUCAUUCAUCCGUAAAUUUCGUUCGAGUGCCUGAAGACAAUCGUACGGAUUCAUACGUUAAGUGUUCAUCGGUAGCCUUCCUUGAAGAACCUAGCAUUAUACCGUACCGGGAAAGGAGUGAUUACUAGAGUCUUACGAAAAACAAAAUCGGAAGAUGAGUAUCACAGAGACAAUGAAGUUCCUAAAGGUGUUCCUUCUCAAGUUUAUCUCAUCCGUUAUUUUUUAAUAAAAAGAGAAAGAAAAUACAAAGUCUGGCUCGUCGUUUGCUUCUGAUGGUAAAAGAACCGAGUGAAAAAAAGUACGCGGGCGGAAAUAGUAGCGCGUCGACAGCAUCAGGAUCGACGUCGUUGGAAAAGAAACCAUCAAAGGACCCAUGGAUUCGUCAAGAAGCCUAUCGUUCGCUCGCCUCCUUGUCGCUCUUCUACUCCUUCUAAAUUGUCCCGAGGAAAGUCAGGCUGGUCUUAUAAAUCUGGCCAAACGGGAUGUACAAGAUCAAAGGAGUAGAAUACCGAACGAUCGAUACGCCAUGCACGGACCGAUCGUCGACGACGAGGAACUCCCGAGAAACCUGCACGAACCCUAUCCUGGAAGUAGUUUCGGUCCAAUGGGACCACUCUACGAGUUCUCGCCCGACGAAGUCUCAACAAGGAGUCUCUCGGUAUCCAAUACGGCCAAUAUCGACUCCUCUUCGCCUUCUGAAGACGAUCGAGGAGUCGAUAAACCAAAGUCUGAAGUAGAGUACCACAUCAUGUCGGUCGAGUUCCAUCGCGUGGAGACACCCUUCGUUAUUGGCAUCUGGAUAUUUUUCGCUAGUAUCGCGAAAAUUGGUUUUCACAUGGCACCGAAACUGAACAAAAUCUUUCCGGAGUCCUGUUUGUUGAUCGUCGUUGGAGUCGUCGUCGGACUCCUCCUGUUCCAGGCCAGCAGCGUCCACGUAUCGCCUCUGACACCCGAUACCUUUUUUCUCUACAUGCUGCCACCGAUCAUCCUAGAUGCUGGUUAUUUUAUGCCGAAUCGAUUAUUUUUCGAUCAUCUCGGCACGAUUCUCCUUUUUGCAGUCGUCGGAACCAUUUUUAACACCCUCUCGAUAGGUGCAUCCUUAUGGGUCGCUGGGAAAUUAAAUAUCUUCGGCUGCGAGACACCUCUCCUCGACAUGUUUCUUUUUUCGGCAUUGAUCAGUGCCGUCGAUCCUGUCGCCGUGUUGGCCGUCUUUGAGGAGAUACACGUCAACGAGAUACUCUACAUCGUCGUCUUUGGGGAGAGCCUUCUCAACGAUGCUGUCACUGUCGUACUGUAUCACAUGUUCGAGACGUACAGCGAGAUGGGACCUUCAAGAAUCGUAUAUACGGACAUACUUUCGGGUCUAGCCUCGUUUCUCGUCGUAGCGAUCGGUGGCACGAUAAUAGGAGUUAUAUGGGGAUUCGCCACAGGAUUCGUUACUAGAUUCACAAAUCAUGUCCGCGUGAUCGAACCUAUCUUCAUAUUCGUCAUGGCUUACUUGGCUUACCUUAACGCCGAGAUCUUUCACAUGUCCGGGAUAUUGGCGAUCACCUUCUGCGGUAUCACCAUGAAGAAUUACGUCGAGGCGAAUAUAUCGCACAAGUCUCACACUACGGUGAAGUAUACAAUGAAAAUGCUAUCGAGCAGCUCGGAGACGAUCAUAUUUAUGUUCCUCGGUGUGGCUACGGUGAACAAUAAACACAAUUGGAACACAUGGUUCGUCGUGAUGACAAUAGUCUUCUGUUCUGUCUACCGGAUUGUGGGGGUCAUUGUCCUGACUGCACUGGCUAAUCAGUUCCGUCUGCAUAAACUGGACAAGGUGGAGAAAUUCGUCAUGUCCUAUGGUGGAUUGCGAGGUGCCGUGGCCUUUGCUCUUGUCUUACUAAUAGAUCCAAAACACGUGAAAUUGCAACCAAUGUUCGUUACGACCACUAUCGCUGUCAUAUACUUCACCGUGUUCAUACAGGGAAUCACCAUUAAACCCCUCGUUAAGAUACUGAAUGUGAAGAGAGCGGAGAGGAGGAAGCCUACGAUGAACGAGAGAAUCCAUGAAAGGAUAAUGGAUCACGUGAUGGCUGGAAUCGAGGACAUCUUGGGGAAACACGGCAAUUAUCACGUGCGAGACAAAUUCAAACGAUUCGACAACAAAUUUAUUCGACCGUAUCUCGUGCGAAAUCAUUAUGGCGCCGAGCCGAAGAUUUUGGAGACCUAUUCAAAGCUAGCGAUGAAGGAUGCCAUGGACUACAUAAGACGAAACGCUUCGACGAUCGGUAAUAUCAGUGGCACCGAGAGUAUGUCCGCCAUAUUUCGAAAUUACAGCAACACCGGACAAUUCAACGGAAGUCUCGUUCUUCCUCGUUCCAGUCCGAGUUGCAGCCAGCUCGAGACCGGCUGGAAUAUCGAUCUCCAGGAACUCGAGUACAAUCCAUCGAAGAAAGAUUUGACAGACGCGAGGAUACAUCACCUUCUGGCGGAAGAACUCUGCAAGCCUUACAAACGGCACCGACGAUUGAGUUACAGUAGACACGCGGUCAACGAUCGGGAUCUAUCGACCCAAGUCAAUUAUAAAAUGCACAUGAAUAUACGACGUAUGAUGGGCGAGCACAAGCAUCGGCACAAACGUAGCAAGAAGUUACUCAAGGACGGUAAGCAGAAUCACGUGAGUUUCCCAGAGUUCCAACAAAACGGUUCGACAAAAUUAUUCACGCAAGACUACAUGAAUGGCGUGCUGUACGAAUUGGAGAACGGGGACACCUCGAAACCUUCGAGUAAGGAAGACUGGGACUCGGCUAUAACUUUCACGGCUCGUACUUCCGAUUCGUCGAAUGCUAAUCCAGACGCGCAUCAUGCCACGGCUACUACCUCAAUGGAUACCAUAAACACCGAAGAUGCCGAUAUGAAAUUCGCGCGUGACGGCGAAAGUUAUAGGGUAACGACGCCAACGGCGACAGAAACCGUGUUACCUUGGAAGCGCGAGGACGAUUAUGAAUCCGGACAUCCAUUGAAACAAAACGAAUUUCCUGCUUGGUGCGCCAAUAAGGAGUAUCUCCCGUACAGUUCGCCAUCCGCUACCUUCUUAGGUGCGAUAGAGCAACCAAAAGUACAAUCUGUGAUCGGUCUGUUUCGACGCGAGAGCGUCGGUACGCCGGAUCACAUCGAUCGUCAGGAAACGGUAUUGCCUUGGAAGCGCGACGACGACUAUGAAUCCGGACAUCCGUUGAAACAAAACGAGUACCUCCCGUACAGCUCGCCUUCCGCCACCUUGCUUGGUACGAUAAAGCAGCCAAAAGUACAAUCCGUGAUCGGUCUGUUUCGACGCGAGAGCGUCGGUACGCCGGAUCACAUCGAUCGUCAGGAAACUGUCGACGAGUGCGACGAGUACACGGUUACCGGGAUGGAAGAGUUUUCCACGCCCACGAGAAACACAGAUAGUAGCAGCAAAAGUUCUGUGCGAAGAGUGUCGAUGAUGGAAUUAGGAACGAUGGAAAGAACAUUGGAGAGAAACGAGGAUGGUUCUCGUUCGCUUCCAGAAUGCUGGAAUCCUCAUAGACUAAGAAUGUCGUCGUACAUCUGUUCGGCCCAACUGCCAAGCCUCUCGACAGCCCUGAUAACAUCCUCUUCGGAAUCUUCGGAGGAGAUCGACGAGGAAGAAGAGAGAGCUUGACCCUUGCAGAGGGUCGAGAAAUAGGCUUCGUCCUACGAAGACGUGCACCGUUGUUUACGUCGUCCUUGGCGACGACAAGCACGUCCUCGUUCCCUCCUGUCGUCUCUACUACGACGACCCAGCACACCGCUAUGAGAAAAGAACGGAACCUCGGUCUAGAUUUUAUUUCAUCGAUUUGCCUUAGUUCGUCCAAACGCUAUUGGACAAGUUUCUCCUAGGAUGAUUGCGAAAGAAUUGAAAGAAACGAAAUUAUCGAGGAAGCUCUACGGGCUUCUUUCGAAUGAAAAGAGAAAUUAAAUUUUCUUAGAAAAACUCGGUCCUACGAGAUUUCGAUACUUUUCCGUUAAGAAAACAAAUAUUCCUUUCGACGACAUACUAAGGUUCCCAUAGAACAGGGGAGAAGAAUGAUCUUCCAAAUCUUCCGAGAGCAAAUAAGUCGCGCUCGCUUAUUGGUCUUAUAGAUCUCAUGGAUCUAUAGACAUCGAUUAGGACCAGAGCAAGCGGUCCAGCUAAUUACAAGGGAUAAGCGUGUGUACAAAAUUGCGAUCUUUCGCACUCUGAACGCUGCUGUUGCUGCUCCUGCUGCUGCUGCUGCUGCUGUUGCUACACGAAGGAUCGAAAA